AUGCAAAAAUUAGGCUCGCGACUCCAUCUGGUAGAAGCCAAUCGUGCAAGACGGAGGUUUCACAAUUAUGUAGUCAAUCCAGAGAGGGGUGGCUCCCUUUUCUGUGUUCCCCAUUUUUGUACAAGCCAUUUUUCUAUAAAAAAAGGCAACCCACAGAGGGAGUUCAAAGGUGCGUCCCUCUGCGAAAGGAGACAAAGCAACAGCUUCUUUAGCAAAGCGAGAAACAACUGUUCCGUCGAUGGAAAAGGAAGAAAUGAAAUAUUUUUUGAAAGAAUGGAAAAAAAAAAUAGCAAAACUUUUCAUUUGACGAAACAAAGUGUGUCCAGUGAUAAAGCAACCACACUCGAUUCUGCAAAAGGGGGACAAGUUAACGAAGCGGAGAAGGAGAAAAAUGGGAAAACUUCGGAAGAAGAGGCAUUCCUCAAGAAUGGGAAUGAAGACAAAAUGGCCAGUCGAAAGGGGGAAAAACAAAAUAGUGACCCGCACGCCUCAGUCAUAGACCUAGAACUGUCCGAACUGUGGUCCAAAAAAACUCUCAUUCUAAAUUUCAAAAAUAGCGUAUUCGAAAUAAUUUUAAACAGACCAGAAAAGCUGAACGCAAUUAACAAAGACAUGAUUAAUGGUUUGUUAAACAUUGUGAAAAGCUUAAACAACGAUGAUAGGUGUCACAUUAUUGUGAUAAAAAGUAGCAACACGGCGUGCUUCUGCUCAGGUUCUGAUGUCAAGGACAUUGUCCAAAAUAAAGAAAAAGGGAUGCAACAUUUGAAGCAACUGUACAUGUACAUUCAUUAUUUAUCUAAAAUGAAAAAACCCAUCUUGUGCAUAUGGAAUGGUUAUGCUAUGGGAGGAGGGUUAGGGAUUUCUAUGUAUGCAAAAUUUAGGAUAAUAAAUAAGAACGCCAUAUUUGCCAUGCCGGAAAAUAAAAUUGGCUUCUUCCCCGAUAUCACCUGCUGUUACUUUUUUAAAAAAUAUUUUGGAAGAAACAUUGGUCUCCAUCUAGGGUUGACUUCCCUACGGUUAAACGAAGUCGAUUUAGUCAACUUUAAAAUUUGUAGCAACUAUGUGGAAGAUGUGGAUGAACUGCUGAACCAUAUUUACAAAAUUGGGAAAACAAACCAGGAUGAGUUCGAUGCGGAACUUGCCAGCGUCUUAGAUAAGUACCCGCCCAAAGUCACUACAGACACGAAACCGGUACUUACUGAAAAAUUAAUUAGCAACAUCGACAAGUACUACAGUUCCGCUACUAGUCUAGACGAUCUUGUUAGCAAGUUGAAAAAGGACCAGGAUGAUAACCCCUUUUGCAAAGAGACCCUUGACGCUAUAAACCAGAACUGCUACUCCAGUUGCAAUUUAUGGUUUGAAUAUUUCCUUUACAGUUAUGAUAAACCCUUGGAGGAGGUGCUAGACAACGAUUUUAAAAUUACACAGCAUUUCUUGUAUCACACAGAUACCUUCGAGAAGGGCGUAACUGAGCUCCUUGUGAAGAAAAAUAAAUCUUUCAAGUGGAGCUCCGUGCGGGAUUAUGGGGAUUUGCAUGUGGGCCCAAGCGUUGAAGAUAUUCUAACAAAUAGCGGGGUGUUGUCUAUCCGGGGAGAAUUCACAUGA